AUGCUCCAACAACUCUUACAAGGGCAAGCCAAAGGUCUUUUGGAGCAUUUGGAGCAUAUGGGACGUGAGGAGCAUGGAAGGACUUGGUGCAUGGACGCAGCUCAACUGGAUACGCAAAGGAAGAAGGAGGAAGCCAUCUUGAAGACCAGCUCGACCACCACUCGACCAACCGGUCGAGUUCCUCAACUCGACCGGCCAAGCUUCAACUCGAUCGAGCUGAGAAGUCAACAGUCAAACCCGAAAAAUGUUGCUUCCCCCUUGACUUUCCUUUGA